CCCCCCCCCCCUCCUCCUCCUCCUCUCUCUUCUUUCUGCAAGAGGCCCGGGAGCUGCAGGGGUUACCCCUCACACCUCCUCUCAUUUGUCCAGAUUUUUUAUCUUUUUUGAAAUUGUUAUUACUGUUUGCCUGCUCGUGAGCCCCCGGUCUGCCGCCUGCCCGCGGGCACGGAGAUCGCGAGCCCCGCCCCCCGCCCCGCCCCCCGGCGGGAGCUGUCCGGUGCUGAAGUUGCAUUUCUCUCCUCCGCAAGCGGACCCGAGGGGACGAGUCAGAGGAACUCAAAACAGAAGAGACGCUCCAAAUAAGACAGAAGACUUCCACCGGAUCAGUCCACAGCUCUGAAAAAACAUCCACAAGCCAAACAACAACCUGAAGACAAUCUUCCUCCGGUUGGCCUGUCGUGGUGUGUGACGGGCGCAUCAGCACGCUGGUGAUCGGCUGUGUCCGCCGAGUGUGUGUCGUUGUGUGCGUGUGUGUGUGUGUGAGCGAGACGGUGUCGCACCACCAUGCCAAGGUCCUUCCUGGUGAAAAAGGUGAAACUCGAUGAUUUCUCCACCGCGGCGGAUCUGGAGCACGCCUACCGGCACAGGACAGACCUCAGCCUGCGGCUCCAUAACAAAGCUAGUUACAUCAGUGACUACAUCAGCCCAGUUGUGUACGAUGGCGAGAGUGACAGUGGGAUUAAGGUGCCCUCGCCCGACCCCCUCUACGAUGGUAUCCACAGCGACUACGGGGCGCCUGACUCGGAGUCGCCAGACAGCCCCGGCUCCGAGAUCACCGAUGGCUACAUCAAUGGAGAUGCUGCAGUGAGCGAGGGUUACUCGGUUGACGCCUUCUACAUCACCGAUGGCCGCUCGAGGAGGAAAGCCCUUGGCAGCCCCAGGAGCAUUCAGAGGCACACCUGCAACGAGUGCGGCAAGACCUACGCCACGUCCUCGAACCUGAGCCGGCACAAACAGACACACCGCUCGCUGGACAGCAAGAUGGCAAAGAAGUGUCCGACGUGCGGGAAGGUGUACGUGUCCAUGCCCGCCAUGGCCAUGCACCUGCUCACCCACGACCUCAAGCACAAGUGCGACGUGUGCGGGAAGGCGUUCAGUCGACCGUGGCUUUUGCAGGGCCACAUGCGCUCCCACACGGGCGAGAAGCCGUUCGGAUGUGCCCACUGCGGGAAGGCCUUCGCAGACCGCUCGAACCUGCGCGCUCACAUGCAGACGCACUCGGCCUUCAAGCACUUCAAGUGUAAACGCUGCGACAAGACCUUCGCACUCAAGAGUUACCUGAACAAGCACUACGAGUCCGCCUGCUUCAAAGGCCCCUUCUCUCCCCUCGGCCCCUUAGAUGAAUGACCCCCUGCACAGAUACAACAAACAGACAAAACUGCAGAAAUAAAUUACCAUUAUCCUUAAAAAACUGAACUGCAGACACAAACAAUCUAUUUUUGGUCAGGGUAUGACCUUGCUUUCCCUCCCCACACCUCGCUGUCCCCUGGAGCCGAUUCGUGAUGAUGAAGAUAGCACAAUUUUUUCUCCUUGAGAUUUGCCAACUUAAGGAUUUAACUGAUCUACGCAUGCACUUCCUCAAAAAACUCUACACCUCCUCUUCCUCUGUCUGUUCUAGAUCGGGACAGUAACACUAACACGGCUUCCUUCUGGCAUCUAGAAACAGUAUGACAACAUAUAUUUUGGGACACUGAUGAUGAUGAUGACGACGACAAAGACAAUAGUAAGCCUAUAGCUACUGGGUUCCUCCCUGCACUGAAACACAGUGAAAGAGUUUUUCCUUUUUAUUUUGUUUUUUCUGGGGGAAUAAUAGUAAUAAUAAUAGUAAUAAUAAUGAUAAUAAUAAUGUUCUGCUGCACCAAGUGACCAUAUUCUCUCCACUACUGAGGUAAAAUAGUAUCUAUUUCAGCUUUUUAUUCUUUAUUUAUUUAUUUAUUGUGACUUUAUACUUGAUUUGAUCACAACGAAGUGACACCAUUAUUUAUUUGUUGCACUUUAAUUUCUGUGUACGUAGGAUAUUUGCCAACCUCUUUUUAUCACUACAGGCCAAAGCAUAUGUCACUUUUUUUGAGUACUAUUUUUUCUUAUUAUGUUGUUUACCUUGUUUUCUUAUUAACGUUAUUGCAUGCAAAAAAAAAAAGAAAUAAUGAAAUCUAUGCCAACAUCAUAAAAAAGCUUAUGAUUUUUGCCAAAAUCCAAUAGAUAGAAACGUGAGGGCAAUAUUUUUUUUCUUGGAGCGUCCGUGGGACUCUUUAAAAGCAAUAAUCACCUAAUGCAUGGUAUUUUAUGAUGAAGUUAUGAAGUAUUACCUACUACUGUAUAGCAGUUCAAAAAUCAGGUAUGUUUUACUUCACCUAUAGUCAUAAACAGAAAGAUACUAAUAUAACAGACAUCAGGGAACAUGCCAAUGUAGUGUUAGAGUAACAAAAAGAAAAGUCCUGUCUUUCCUCUCUUGUUAUGCACUGCCUGCCUCUUAGUGAGUAGAGCUAACGUAGGGUGUAGGCUAGAGAGGCUGGGAUCAGCUGCCUGCUGGGUGUGAGGCCUAUUGUAGGAUAACUAUAACCAUAACAGACCCGCACACGGCCGACUCGACCAUGACACAAGCAGGAGCGGCCUCACUUUGGAUCAGGCCGCACAAGAUUCAACUCCGAUUUACUCAUUGACUCUUCCAUGACAGUUCAGUGGUUUGAAAAACGUUUGGGGGUGUUAAAAUGACAUUUAAAGGUCGUGAAAACAUCCAUAUGCACCCAAAAAUGUAACAACAAUAACUUAAAAUAACCAUUUAAUAAUGCUGAGAUGCAUCUUAUCUCUCUCCUCAUACAAACAAGCACACGUUUAAAUGAAGUCAAUAGAGCAAUCGGACAAAUGAAGUGUGCAUCGACCCAAAAACGAUACAUGGUAUUUAGCCAAUCUCCGUAUAUUUCCAAAAGGAAGUCUCAGUUCGGUGCAUUGUCGAAGUUGGAGUGAGGUCAAUACAUUAUUUAACUACACUUCCGAGUGCACUCCCAAACCAUUCUGCAACAGCGUGCAUUCUUAAACCGCAGGAAAAAAAAGCAUGCACUUAAGCCGGAUGGUCUGAUUGCAGCUUAACCGUUACGGCCCCACACUGUAGAUAAAUAUGACAGAGACCAGAUUAUUCUGCAGUAGGCCCCAUUCAUCCCUAACGGGCCCCACCAUAGGAAUAGCGCUAUGCGUGAUGUACCUAAAGACAGGCUGACUCUAACCACCCCCAACCCGUAGAUAGCUUAGCGUGUGAUCUAACUGGCCAAUACCAGUGUUGCUGAACCCAGUUCUCUGCAGCUCAGAAAACCUUUUUCCGCAGAUUCAUGGAGCCUCUUGAGAGACAGACUGAGCACACACAGAUCUGCACAGAAAAAAAAAAAAUCAUUGUUUACCUUCAUGUGUCAUGACGUACGUCCACAUUGUAACAUUCACGCGUGAGCACCGGUGCAUGCCGACACCAGAGAACACAAUACCUGCUGAUGAGCUCUCAGGGGGGAGACAACAUCCGUGUCCACGGUCAAACUUUUGACGAUUGAAAAGAAAUUUGGAUUAUUAUUCAGACGUGGACCUAUGACAAAGGAGUGUUGAUAAUGGCAGUGCAGAUUUAAGGUCGUAGAGACAAACGGAGUCUGUCCUGUGACAUGGACACAUUACCUAAUGUCACUGAACAAGCAGAGCUACAGGACGUGUACACAACAGCCGAUCAAUUGUCUUCAGUCAAAGAGUCUACAUUUUGCCAUAAGAAAUGUGUUGCGUUAUAGGAUGAUACAAUCUUUACGCAUUAAAGAAAAAAGGUCUUUUGAAGUCAACAAGUCAAUAAGAAGGAGGCAGGCGUUGUGGUGACUGGGGCGAUCAGUAUGUGAGUCAGCAGACUGCAGGUCUUAUCUCCCUCCCUGACGCGUGAACGGGAUUUGAGUUGCAAUUACCUGUAUUGUAUCUGACCAUUAGUUCAGCACAGAGCUCCGACUUGUUGCCGCUUACAAUUAUUCAUUUUUACAUACAAAGGUAAAAACAUUAAAUGAGGUGCUCAAGCUCAAGUACUACUCGAUCACAACUGAAUAUCUAAAAGACACAGAGUGACAAAGAGCCCGUAUAUGCCAUGCAAGCUAAAGCUCUACCCCUAGUAUUUCGUAACAAAUCGUGAAGACAUCGAUCCCUGGAAGAGAUAAAAAAAUAACAAUAUUACUCUGGCUCUAAAAUCGUAUUUCUCACUUCACUCUGAAUGAGAUGAAAACAGUACAAAAAACGCUGUUGCUACCGUAGCGACUGAUGACAGUGUGACAAAGGUACAAGGUUGCUGAACAUACCGCUGACAUUGUUUCUGACAGCGAUGUCUCCGGUGGUUGUUUUACGCCUCACAGAUUGUUUCAUUGUGUGUUAAAACUCUUUGCGUAUUUGCACUGCGGUCUAAACAUCCUAAGGGCAUUUGGCCAAAGUAGUCGUAUUGCCGGUCACGAGUUUGACGGCGUUUGUGCGUCCGUCUGUGUGCGUCUGUCUCUGGGCGAGCUCCAGGUCUGAUCUCUCGAAGCACUUCCAUUCUUGUCAUUUCCACCUUAAAGAAAGUAGCACAAUGAAACUAACUAGAAUUCAGGUAGAGAAGAAUUUAAAACCUUGUACUAGCUUGACCUCUCUUCUUCUUUUUUUGUAUUUCCAAGUUAAAGAAUGAUGAUAACCUAAAUAAUCAUUUAUUGCAAGAGGGUUUGUAAAGAAUCCUUUGGAUUGAUACAUUUUUACUGCUGUAGAGCGACUAUCUGACACACCUUAUCUCAGGAGGUCUGGAUCUCUGCUGCAGGGAGACGGUCUCCUGGGCUUUUUUGAGCCAGUAUUCAAACAAUGUAAGCACAAUGAACACAAAGCAUUUUGUGGCACUUCAUAAUAAAGAAUAAUCUUAACGAA